GAGAAGAAGAAAAAGACUUUUUUCAUCAAUGUCAGCUAUGUACGUACGUUAAUGGUACUUACAGAUAUUGUACCCUCAUGGGAUGCAAAGAAACAGAAAAGGUCUCCUUGAUCUGUGUGCAGAUGGAUCAAGACACAGAAAGUGAAUCAACUUCCGGGUCAACAGCUAUGGUACGUACAUCAACAGUUGAUUCUAGCCCAGAAAAAUCGAAACUUACAUCAGAUUCAACACAGUCAGUUCAAACCAUAAUACAAGCAACAGAAAGAGCAUUUACGGGAAAACAAAACACAACAACUGAUUCUAUGAUGGAUCAAUACAAAGAUAAAAAAUCGUCAUCGCUGCCAACAGAUAUGGUUCGUACAUCAAUUAUGCAAGACAAAUCACAACCAACAUCAAAAUCAACACAGACUUCAACAACUCAGAGCAUGAAAGUAACAUCUGAAAGUUCAUCUUCUGGAAAACCAAACACUACAACCGUCUCUAUGACAUAUUCUUUAACUAAUACAACAGACAUUAUAGAAACCAUAACGCCAAUUCCAACAAGAGAGAGAACAACUCUAGUAGGAAUGCAUUCAAAUGAUAACGAUGAGGCAUCUAAAACCACUAUUCCCAUUUCCAUUGCUGCUGUUAUUGGGGGAAUUUUCCUGGUCCUUAUUUUCAUAUAUUUGUGCUAUUGGAAGAAGAGACACCAAACCGGCAUACAGACAAAGAAAUCAAAACACGAACAAAUAAAAGUUUCCAAUGUUGCAGGGAUUGUUAACGCCGCUUAUUUUACAAUAGAACUGAAGGAACAGGGAAUUAUAUCAUCAGAUAUGGAAGAAAAAAUAGAAAAUCUGUACACACAAGCCGAUAAUGAAACAUAUCACCAUCUUCGAGAAAAAGAUUCGAGUAAAAAGAAAUUUGAUAAUGAAUGUAAUUAUGACACAACAAAGAACGCCAUAGAAAAGACGGAGAAAUAUAUUCAUUACAGUGAAGGUACAUAUGAUCGUCUUGGAGAUAAAAGAUGUAAUACAAUUGCAGAUGAUACAUAUCAUCAUGCAUGUACAGUACAAAAGGAUAGGUCCGAUUAUGACGUCACAGAAGUAAGGAAAAAGUAUAUACUUGACAGUCCCUAUAAUCAUUUCGAAAUUAUCCCAAAUGAAAAUGACACCGAACAGGACAUGAUCAGCAACCUAUCUGAGACACAGAAUGAAGAGCAUACUUAUUUUAUACUUGAACAAGACUAAAAAAUAAUAAA